AUGUCUUUACCUACUUCGAUGAACGCUGUUGUUAUUAAAGGAACAACUGCUGUUCUUAAAACUGAUGUACCCUUACCAAAAUUAAGGGAUGGAAACUUGUUGUUGAAAACUAUGGCUGUUGCAGGUAAUCCAGUUGAUUGGAAAAGUGUUCAUUUAAAGUUUGGCUCUGAAGGUUCAAUUGUAGGUUGCGAUGCGGUAGGGCAAAUUGUCAAGUUGGGCUCUAAUGUUAAUUCAAAUGAAUUCCAUGUUGGUGAGUACGUGUAUGGUUAUAUCCAUGGGGCAGCUUUGCUAGCUCCAGAUAAUGGUGCUUUUGCCGAAUAUGUAGCUUUAGAUUCGAAAUUGGCCUUUAAGGCGAACCAUGAUAUUAAAUUCAGCGGUAAGGAAUUCAUCCCAGAAGGGGCUGUCACUACAUUCGAAGGUGCGGCCACAAUCCCAUGUUCUUGGUUAACUGCUGGUGGAUCUUUGUUCUACCACAUGGGCCUAGAUUUAGAGUGGGAACCAAAGAGUCCACAAAAAAAAUUCCCUGUUUUGGUCUGGGGUGGAUCUACGGCUCUUGGCUAUGCUCUAAUUCAACUUUUAAAAAAAUUUAAUGCUAGCGCUGAUAUUAUUGUUGUUGCAUCCAAAAAGAAUGAACUUCAACUGAGAGCUAAUGGUGCUACAGAUGUUUUUGACUAUCAUGAUUCAGACGUUAUUAAGCAGAUUACCGAGCGGUAUGAUAAUAUACAGUAUCUGUUUGAUUGCGUCUCCACUCAAGAAACAUUAAACCAGGUAUACAGAUGUGCAGACUCUAAAAAUGAUGCUAUAGUUUUGAAUUAUAUGGAUAUGGAUAUAAAUUCCAUUGGUUUUGAAUUUAAGAGAGCUAAUGUUAAGAUUGAUGGUAAUAUUCUUUAUCUAGCAUUAGGUUCAAGGGUAGCAUUUGGAGAAAAGGUCCUUCAACCAAAUCUUCCUUAUAGGAAAGUCAUAAUUGAUUUUAUUAAAACUGUCAAUCCGAAACUAAAUAAUGGCGAAUUACAGCAUAUACCUGUCAAGGUUUAUGAGAGUGGUCUUCGUUCAACUAUACAAAUAAUGAAAGAUAUCCAAGAUGGCAAGAAUUCAGGUGGUAUAAAACUUGUGGCAACUCUAAAUUGA